AUGUAUUUCCAUACCUCCCACCAUGACCCUCUCCAGCAGGGACACAAUGCUCUGCUCCUGGACUCUCUCCUUACUUUAAGAUUGCCGGCACCUGUGUUGAACAGGUUACUGGAUAAGAGUCUUGCAGCACAGGUGCCGGCAGUCAUAAAGGAAGCUGGAAGUCCAGGAGCAGAGCAUUCUGUCCCACCUGGAGAGGGUCAUGUUGGGAGCUGCUACAGUGACACACUCUGCGUAAUAGAGGACACCGCUAGAUCACAUGUUAUAUUUACUCUCACACUGUAUGUAGGAGCUGCGGUCAGACCGGCGGUCACAGUCACACCCAACUGGAGCAAUAUAUUCCUAUAUGAGUCCGUGACUCUAACAUGUAAUACGGGAUCCACUGUCCAUGAGAACCAGACAUAUUACUGGUAUAGAGACAAUAGAAAGAUAUCUAUACAUCAGCAGAGAUUCACCAUCCAAUCUGCCGGGGAUGAUGACCGCGGCGACUACCAGUGCAGGACCAGAACAAGCCAAAAAAGCGAUCCGGUGGGACUACGUGUAUUUAACAACAUGCUUAUCCUGCAAAGACCCCCCAUGGUUUAUGAUGGGGAUCCCCUGACUCUGCGGUGUCACAGUUUUCACGGGUACAAUGCCACCAACACAACAUUUUACAGGAACAACACCGUUCUACAGUUCUCGGUCAACCAUACUGAGUUACAUUUUACCAAAGUAGAUUUGCAUGAGACGGGCCCGGGGACGUACAGAUGCACCAAGCUAAUAUACCACCAUGGGAAAUAUCAGGCUUACUCUGCGGAGACAUGGGUUUCUGUGCAAGCACAGAGGAGGUUUAUUAAUAGACUUAGAAAUACAGAAGGUUUAGUGGAGCUGAAAGGUGACGAUGAUGUUUGGAAGGUGCAGGGCUUCCUGUUACAGCUGUAA